AUUUUGGUCAAAUCUGCAUAUUGACAUAUAGCGAGGGGCAAUUUGGUUAUUCCUUCUCUCUUUCUUGCUAUGUCGGUCUCUGAGUUCAAUCUGGAAGAAACGAUUAAAGUAGCGAACUAGCUACGCGCUUGAGUUUUAUAACAUUGAUGCUGCAAGUAUCCUAUCGUGCUUGCUAAGAACCCUAAGCGACCUGCUGAAUCAUGGAUAUGGACAAUGAAGAUGACUACGUGGAAUACGUCCCUAUUACAAAACGAAGGGCAAUUGUGGCACAAAAGAUUCUCCAACGUAAAGGGCAAGCUUCAACCUUUGAAGAUGAAACAGAAAAGGCAAAAGAAGUAGAAAUGAAACCAAGUUUGCUUGUAAAAGCUUCCCAACUGAAACGCGAUCAACCCGAAGUCACUCCUGCAGAACAAGCAGUCCAACAAGAAAAAGAAAUGAUGGAAAAUCUUUCUGAUAGAAAAACUUUAAUGUCAGUUCGUGAACUUGCAAAAGGUAUCACAUACACUGAGCCUCUUCCAACAGGAUGGAAACCCCCUUUACCCAUAAGAAGAAUGUCUCAAAAAGCAUGCGAUGGGAUCAGAAAACAAUGGCAUAUCAUUGUUGAUGGUGAUGAAAUCCCUCCACCAAUCAAAAACUUCAAAGACAUGAGAUUCCCAGAUCCUGUUUUGAAAAAACUGAAAGAAAAAGGAAUAGUACAACCAACACCUAUUCAAGUUCAAGGGUUACCCGUGAUUCUAUCUGGAAGGGACAUGAUUGGAAUAGCAUUUACAGGGUCUGGAAAAACAUUAGUGUUUGUGUUACCAUUGAUUAUGAUGGCAUUACAGGAGGAGAUUAUGAUGCCAAUUGCAGGAGGGGAAGGACCUUUUGGGUUGAUUAUUUGUCCUUCUAGAGAGUUAGCUAGACAGACAUUUGAAGUUGUGGAAGAGUUUUUAUUACCCUUGAGGGAAUUUGGAUUUCCAGAAAUUAGACCCUUGCUUUGUAUUGGAGGUGUCGAUAUGAGAUCACAAUUGGAUAUUGUUAAGAGAGGUGUCCAUAUUGUCGUUGCUACCCCUGGAAGAUUGAAAGACCUUCUUGCCAAAAAGAAAAUGAAUCUUGAUAAUUGUCGGUAUCUAACUUUAGACGAGGCAGAUAGACUAGUGGACCUCGGAUUCGAAGAUGACAUACGCGAAGUAUUCGAUCACUUCAAAGCCCAAAGACAGACACUCCUCUUUUCCGCCACCAUGCCCGCAAAAAUCCAAAACUUUGCCCGAAGUGCCCUGGUCAAACCCGUAACAGUCAACGUGGGCCGUGCGGGGGCCGCCAAUCUUGAUGUCAUCCAAGAAGUCGAAUACGUAAAACAAGAAGUCAAACUCGUGUACCUUCUAGAAUGUCUCCAAAAAACCCCGCCUCCUGUUCUAGUCUUUUGCGAAAACAAAGCUGACGUGGACGACAUCCACGAAUACCUUUUACUGAAAGGAGUCGAAGCGGUUGCGAUUCAUGGAGGGAAAGAUCAAGAGGAGAGAGAAUACGCGAUCUCGUCUUUCAAAGCGAGUAAGAAAGAUGUUUUGGUGGCUACGGAUGUGGCUUCAAAGGGUUUGGAUUUUCCGGAUAUUCAACAUGUGAUUAAUUACGAUAUGCCGGCUGAAAUUGAGAACUAUGUGCAUAGGAUUGGGAGGACUGGGAGGUGUGGGAAGACUGGGAUUGCGACUACUUUUAUUAAUAAGAAUCAAAGUGAGACUACGCUUCUUGAUUUGAAACAUUUGUUGCAAGAAGCCAAACAGAGGAUUCCACCGGUUUUGGCGGAGUUGAAUGAUCCGAUGGAAGAUGUUGAUGCGAUUACGAAUGCGAGUGGUGUGAAAGGGUGCGCGUAUUGUGGUGGGCUCGGGCAUAGGAUUGGGGUUUGUCCUAAAUUGGAGCAUCAGAAGAGUAUGCAGAUUGCGAGUUCUAGGAGGGAUUACUUUGGGUCUGGAGGGUAUAGAGGGGAAAUAUGAGCUUUAACUCACUUGUUCUCCUCUUUAAUGUUUGUUUUACUACAUACAGAGUGUACUAAUUCCCUUGGUUUUAUCAGAAUUUUUU